GCCGCGCGCCCCCUCAGCCGAACGCGGCGCUGACAGCCGCCUCGCGCCCCCUCAGCUGCCCCCGCGCUGCUCAGAGCCGCUCGCCCGCCCGUGGACGGCAUCCUGCCCCCUUCCCCUCCUUUCCCUCCCCUUCUUUUCCCUUCCUUUCCCUGCCGUGCCAUUCCCCGCGGGCUGAGCGCGUUGCGUCGUCCCUGUCACCCAUUUUGUGACUGUCCCUUCCCGGCGCUGCCGGCGGGAGCCGCCUCGGGGUGCCCCGGGGCAUGCCGGCUCGGCCCUCUGCCUGCGAGGCCGUGAGGUAACGGAGGGCUUCGCGGUUCCCGGCUAGCGGGAUUUGUUUGUAAAUGUAUCAUAAACAGACAGCCCAGAAUGAAGAAAGCAAGCAGGAGUGUUGGCUCAGUGCCCAAAGUGCCUGGAGUAAAUAAAACUCAAACAACUGAAAAAGCCAAACCAGAAAACAGCUCCUCAGUGUCUACAGUAACAAAACUCUCCAAAACCGGGACAUCAGCCUCUCUUUUGAAGACUAAGAGUAACGAUGACCUCUUAGCAGGGAUGGCUGGUGGUGGUGGAGUGACAAUGACCAAUGGUGUCAAGGCAAAGAAGAGCACUUGUGUAUCAACAUCAUCUUCAGCUUCAGGGACGACCAUGAACAGUCUGGAAAAUAAACCUAAAACUAUUGCAGGUACAAGUUCCACAGCUAAGCGUGGCACUUCUUCUGGAAAUAAAGAGUCAAGCUCUUCUAGAGAAAGAAUUCGCGAUCGUUCUCGUUUAAGCCAGAGCAAGAAGCUGCCUCUGGCUGGGCAGGGGCCCAACGACGCGGUGCUGGCAAAGCGCUCCCGUAGCCGCACCAAUCCAGAAUCAGACAUCCGGAUGAGCAAGUCCAAAUCAGACAAUCAGAUCAGUGACAAAGCUGCCUUGGAAGCAAAGGUGAAUGAUCUCCUGACAUUGGCGAAAACUAAAGAUGUGGAAAUCCUGCACCUGAGGAAUGAACUAAGAGAUAUGCGUGCUCAGCUGGGACUUAACGAAGAUCAACAGGAAGGUGAUGAAAAAUCUGAGGAAAAAGAGGCCAUCAUUGUCCAUCAGCCAACUGAUGUAGAGUCUACGUUGCUGCAGUUGCAGGAACAAAACACUGCCAUCCGAGAAGAGCUCAACCAACUGAAGAAUGAGAAUCGAAUGUUAAAAGACAGACUGAAUGCAUUAGGCUUUUCUUUGGAACAAAGGCUGGAUAACUCUGAAAAACUCUUUGGCUAUCAGUCUUUGAGUCCAGAGAUUACAGCUGGCAACCACAGUGAUGGGGGUGGUACUCUGACAUCUUCAGUGGAAGGUUCUGCUCCUGGAUCAAUGGAAGACUUGUUAAGUCAAGAUGAAAACACUUUGAUGGACAACCAACAUAGUAAUUCCAUGGAUAAUUUAGACAGUGAGUGCAGUGAAGUUUAUCAACCACUGACAUCAAGUGAUGAUGCUUUAGAUGCUCCAUCAUCUUCGGAAUCUGAAGGUGUACCAAGCAUAGAAAGAUCUAGGAAGGGGAGCAGUGGCAAUGCAAGUGAAGUGUCAGUAGCAUGUCUGACAGAACGGAUACAUCAGAUGGAGGAGAAUCAGCACAGUACAGCUGAAGAACUCCAAGCCACACUUCAAGAGCUUGCAGAUCUGCAACAAAUAACACAAGAGCUAAACAGUGAGAAUGAAAGACUUGGAGAGGAAAAAGUAAUCCUUAUGGAAUCUUUGUGCCAGCAAAGUGACAAGUUAGAGCACUUCAGCCGUCAGAUUGAGUAUUUCCGAUCCCUGUUAGAUGAACACCACAUUUCAUAUGUAAUUGAUGAAGACAUGAAAAGUGGUCGCUACAUGGAGCUGGAGCAACGUUACAUGGACCUUGCAGAGAACGCUCGGUUUGAGCGAGAGCAGCUGCUAGGUGUUCAGCAGCACUUGAGUAACACUUUGAAGAUGGCAGAACAAGACAACAAGGAGGCCCAAGAAAUGAUAGGGGCCUUAAAAGAACGAAAUCACCACAUGGAACGGAUUAUUGAGUCAGAGCAGAAAAGCAAAACAGCAAUAGCAUCUACCUUGGAGGAGUACAAAGCCACAGUAGCCAGUGACCAGAUUGAGAUGAACAGGCUGAAAGCUCAGUUAGAGCAUGAAAAGCAGAAGGUGGCUGAAUUGUAUUCUAUACACAACUCAGGAGAUAAAUCAGAUAUUCAAGAUUUGCUGGAGAGCGUCAGGCUGGAUAAAGAAAAAGCAGAGACGCUGGCCAGUAGUCUGCAAGAGGAGCUGGCACACACCCGUAAUGAUGCCAAUCGACUGCAAGAUGCCAUUGCUAAGGUUGAAGAUGAAUACAGAGUGUUCCAAGAAGAAGCCAAGAAACAAAUUGAGGACCUCAAUGUGACUCUAGAAAAACUUCGGACAGAACUAGAUGAAAAAGAGACUGAGAGAAGUGACAUGAAGGAAACUAUCUUUGAGUUGGAGGAUGAAGUAGAGCAGCAUCGUGCUGUGAAGCUUCAUGACAAUCUCAUCAUAUCUGAUUUGGAGAAUACGGUUAAAAAACUUCAGGACCAAAAGCAUGACAUGGAAAGAGAGAUAAAGAAUCUUCACAGGAGACUCCGGGAGGAGUCAGCAGAAUGGAGGCAGUUCCAGGCUGAUCUACAGACUGCAGUGGUUAUAGCAAAUGAUAUCAAAUCUGAGGCCCAGGAAGAGAUAGGAGACCUGAAGCGUAGAUUACAUGAGGCUCAGGAGAAAAAUGAGAAGCUCACUAAAGAGUUGGAGGAAAUAAAGUCACGCAAGCAGGAAGAGGAACGUGGUCGAGUGUACAAUUACAUGAAUGCUGUAGAGAGAGAUCUGGCAGCUCUGAGACAAGGAAUGGGUUUGAGUCGCAGAUCCUCCACGUCCUCAGAGCCAACUCCUACUGUAAAAACACUGAUCAAGUCAUUUGACAGUGCCUCCCAAGUUCCAAGCCCUGCUGCUGCCACCAUUCCUCGCACUCCCCUGAGCCCAAGUCCCAUGAAAACUCCCCCAGCUGCUGCUGUGUCCCCUAUGCAGAGGCAUUCUAUAAGUGGACCAAUUUCAGCUUCAAAACCUCUUGCUGCACUGACAGACAAAAGACCAAGCUAUGCUGAAAUCCCUGUUCAAGAACACUUGCUGAGAACAUCUUCCACCAGCAGGCCAGCAUCUUUACCAAGAGUACCUGCUAUGGAAAGUGCCAAAUCUAUUUCUGUGUCUCGAAGAAGUAGUGAAGAAAUCAAACGGGAUAUUAGUGCACCUGAUGGAGCAUCUCCAGCAUCUCUCAUGGCAAUGGGUACCACCUCACCUCAGUUGUCACUCUCAUCCUCUCCAACAGCAUCAGUCACUCCUACAGCCAGAAGUCGAAUAAGAGAAGAGAGGAAAGAUCCCUUGUCUGCCCUAGCAAGAGAAUAUGGAGGAUCCAAGAGAAAUGCCUUGCUGAAGUGGUGCCAGAAAAAAACAGAAGGAUAUCAGAAUAUCGACAUAACAAACUUCAGCAGUAGCUGGAAUGAUGGCUUGGCUUUCUGUGCAGUCCUCCAUACUUACCUCCCAGCCCAUAUUCCCUAUCAGGAACUAAACAGCCAGGACAAGAGAAGAAAUUUCACUUUGGCUUUUCAGGCAGCUGAAAGUGUUGGUAUCAAAUCUACUCUGGACAUCAAUGAAAUGGUGAGAACUGAGCGUCCAGACUGGCAAAAUGUCAUGCUGUAUGUUACAGCAAUUUACAAAUACUUUGAAACCUGAGGCCCUAGUAACUCAGCAGAUCCAUGGGAUAGAACCAACAUGAGGAAACCAACAGAUGGAAAUCUUACAGAAAUGCUGAUCCCCAUUUCACUGAAAACUGGCAACAUUUUUGAGUCCUCUCAAACUUCAGUGUCACUACCCUGGAUUGCCUCAGAUUGCUUCAGCUACUAAGCCUGAAAAUAACUGUUUCAAAGCAAGAACUUGUUGCCACAGUGCUUGGAAUAACCCAAGUUAUUAAGCUAUUCUGAUUAAUUAUGUAGCCUAAAGAGCCUGGACUAUCUACAUGCUGCCUUUCCAGCCAGACUUCCUGAAGCUUUCUUUCCUAGGAGAGCAAGAUGAAUGAAUCCUGUAGCAUAUAGGAAACUGAAUGUGCAGCUAAAGCUUUGAGAAGGAAAAGGAUAACAUGGCAUCAUAUUACUGAACUUCCUGUAGCAUCUCAACACCACAGUCUGAAUAUUCUACCCACAGCAUUUGGUACCCCAAUACAGAAGAGUUCUUAAUGGUAAUUUAGUUACUGCCUUUACAGGUAUUUUCACUCCUUCAAAAUAUGCACAAUAUUCUAGGAAAACAAGCUUUUCUUCCAUAAUGGCAAAUUGAGUGGGGAAGUGCUCUCAAUACCUCAAACUUUGGCACAGAACUCUUCAUUCUAAAGCUUCAUUAUAAGCCUACCUCUGUCACAGUGAUGUGGCUUCCAACUUUAACUUACAGAUUGUAAAGACUGACACACACAGCUCCUGGUUUUCAGGGUAUGCUGUACUUCAAGGAAUCUGUUCCAACUCCCUGUGCUUCCACUACAACAGAAAUGAGUCAAUAAUCAACCCUUGCAUGGUUUUUUUUUUUCCCCACCCCUCUUCCUUCCUUGCCUGUAUAGCACACACAGCUACCCCAGGCUUUACUCUGCAGCAAUACAGACAUAUGUCAUGGAUUCCUGUGGUAGAAUUUUGGAACUGGGAUAGCAUUUCCUCUGCAGAGAAGAUAUUUUCAAUAAGAUGUAAUAAUGAAGUAGUUUGUCUCAAAAUCCAGCUCUGCCAUGUUUUCUGUGUGUUUUUCAUUGAUCUUGCACAUCCUCAUCUGACUGACGGGAGGUGAGAAGUUCUCUGACAAGAACUAUGGAGGAACUGAUGCAAUGUGUGUACACCCAGUAGUCUUGAAUAUUGUGUGGAAAUGACUCACUGUCACAAGGAAGUAACUGAGAAACUUUUAAUCUACUCAACUUCUAUUUUCCUAAACUUCGUGUACCUGAAUUCAUGUCUUGGGCAAAUGAGUUCAAGUAAGUGCCUUAGUGAUCAUUGAAUUGAUACAUCCUGGCACUUCAGGGCCUCCUGCAGAAUGUUGAUGGUUCAGAAUGGUUUCAUAUAUCCAUUUGUCAUAAACUGUUGUAAUCUCAUUUGUCAAAUCAAGGGAAGAGUUCACCUUAGCAGUGCUUCUGCCUCUUGUUUCCCUGAAUACUGAUCAGCAGUUAAGCUGCAGUUGAGCAUCUCUCAUUAAUGGUAAGCAGAAGCCUAUUUUAAAGCAGAGUUCAGUAACAACUGCUAUUUAUAAGCACAUGCUCUUUCAACACAGUAGCCCUGCUAUAAAGAAAAUGAAUCUGCCAUUCCUAUGGUGCUCUUAUGACUGUUAAGGACAGUUUGAAUGUCAUAGAUGUUAACCCAGUGAAUGCAACUGUGCUUGGCAUCUGUGAAACUUCAUCAUGGUAUAAAAGCACAGAUUUAAUGCAAAAUUAUUGCCAAAUACAAAACCUGUCAUCUGAAGAACAUAGCUCACGUGAAGAGUAAUAUAAUAUAAUCAGCAUGUCUUUAGCAGCUACUAUUAUAUAAAAAUACAAGCUUUCACUAAUAUGUGCCUGUGAGGAUUACAAAAAUUUGGAAAACAACUACUUAAUCCAUGCUGAGAGCCUUCAGAGAAGUUUGUAGAGCAGCAGUGUCUCAUACAUCCUUACAGUUCUUUAGAACCCUAAAAGUAGCUAGGUACUCUCAGAUUACUAAUUGGUGCAUUUGAAGAGCUAUGUAAUCUGAAGACAAUUGUUGCAAGAGAAGCUUUGAGUGAAAAAUCAUUAACAGAGUUUAAUAAAGUCUGAAGUACAAUUUCCUCUUCUAUAGAUUUCUUUAAAAAUUUUAUUACUCAUAUCUUCAAGCAAGUUUUAAUAAGAAUAGUCUUACUGGGAAUACACGUUAUUGCUGUCUCAUAUUCAUCUCUUGCUAUUAAAUUCCAAGUUUUGCCAAUUUAUGUUUUAAAAAAACACCUAUUCAUCCUCUGAACAGACAUUGGUUUUAUGAUUGUCUUAUUCAGUGCUUUAGAUUUUAAGAUAAUAUUUUUCUAGAGAAGUGGAUAGUAUUUCUUGGUCUAAAUUCACUCAUGACCUAUUUUGUUAAGGUAAUUUGAGCUUUAAGCUGUUUCUUUUUUUUUUCUGUCCAGUGGUCAACUUCAUUUACAAUGUUCUAUUAGUCCUUAACUGAAACAACACCAAUAGUAUAAUGUUUCCUAGAAGAGGAAAUCAUAUUCUCUAGAUAUUUUCUGUUCAAAAGAUCAGCUGCUACUCUUCAGAGAGAGAGAGGAAAUUUAUUAGUAACUAUCAAAAUGAUCUUAUUUUGAACUUCAGAGCUCUGUAAACUUCUUGGUGUGACCUGUCUGAUAAACCUCUGCUGAAUGCUUAUCUGUAAAAGAAUAUUGGGCUCCAUGAAGAGUUUUUUAAUAAUGCUGUGUCUGCGCUUUUACAUAUAAGAUGCUGCUCAGGUGUCUGAGUGGAGGUAACGAAGCAAUGGAAGCUCUAACCACACAUCUAACCUCUCUACAAAAUGUGUUUUCUGAAGGUUCAAACAGCAUUACAUUUUUCAAGAGUAAGUCUACCAGUAGCCCUCCAGGAUGUGGAUGUUACUGUUCUGUUUGGUUCCUGCUCACAGUUAAUCUUGGAACAACCUUGGUUUUUGCACCUAUGAAGUACAAGUUUAUGCUGGUUUGCUUUCCUUUUUAAUCCAGAAAAUAUUCUUGAAUGUACUAAAAAAAAUUAUUAAUAUUUUAUCAUCAAUUUAUAUUACUACAUUUUAAUAUGUGCCUUGCAAAUGCCUGUGCUGUAAUAUAUCAGGGUUACUCAUUGCCAUCUGUAGGGGUGGGGCUGACAACAAAACGGAGCUGUUGAACACAUUGAUGCAGAUGCACCUACAUCAGCUGCUGGAUCUUGUUUACCAAAACACUUCCAUAGAUGAGAGAGCACAUUUUAGAGCCAUAUGUGUAUUUGAUUUGGCUGAUGCUGUUGUCAUCCUGAUGCAAGAUCAUCUGCAAUGAGCUGUAUGAACAGUUGUGAGGUUUUAUUUAUCAAAAAAAUAAGAGAUGGAAGGAAAAUUUAAUUUUGGUUAACCAGGAAAAUGCUGUCACAGAGUUUUGGUAUGAAGUAUCUAACAGUAACAGAACGAGGGUGACUUCAGUACACACUACUUGAUUUGGCUUCCACUUGGUUUUGUUUGAUACAGCUUGAUCUGGUUGUCUUGUAUAUUGAAACAGAAACACUGGCUUAGGGGCACCUUAACUUGCCAGAACUGAGUGAAUUCUGCUUUGAUGCAUUGUAUAAAUCCACCUGCAGCUGUUGUGCUCUGGUUUUACAUGUAUAAUGAGAAGUAGCUUUGUCCCUUACUUUAAUGAUGCAGUGCAGUGGUUUAAACUGCUGAGGAUCUGCCUUAAGAAUUUUGUAGCUGUUACAAGAUUUUCCCAUUUGAAUUUCAUUUCUGUUAAGGAUCUCUGUGUGAAGUUCUGAUUUGUUUUUUUUUCAGUUUCCUGAUUCAACACUUCAGCUGUUUGGAUUCUGUUGCAAUUUUACAUCACAAAAAAAUUACUUUUACUCAGUUAUCUGUGUUUUUGUACAGUUUUUAACCAUGGUGCAAAUUUUAUUAUAGCCUGGUUUUAAACAAGACUAUUUGGGAAGUCUGAGGUACAGAGAAUUUUGGGGUGGUUUUCUUAGUUUCUGUUCUGCUUGUGACUGGUUUAGUUACACUGUCUGGUUUUCAGGUGCUUUCACAGAAUGGCAGAAUGUGACAGAAUCUUCCAAAGCUGCCUCCUCUGGGUGGCUGGCAUGAAACUAUGCAUAGGCUAAAGUUAAGCCUUUAAAACUGUGUUUGUGAUGCAUGUAGUGAGUUCACUUCUUAUUUGGCUCUUGAAACUAAUGCAGUCACAGCUUAUCUACAGGUUACCCUGAGCAGGAGCCAUUUAGAGGCAGAGUUCUCCUGGGAAGAAAUCCAUUUGUACACCUUUACACUAUUUUUUCCUGUUGUAAUACUCUUGCUGAGAUGGCCUAAGAAAGGGAUUUUUAAAUAGUAGUAUUCAUGUACAGACUGAUGUAACUAUAUAGUUUGUUUGUGGUCCUUCCCAUGCCUUGGUAAAUAUUUAUUUGUGUCAUUUUUAUGUUCUGCCAAGCUCUAUUUCUGCAGUUUCUUUCUUCAAGCUAGCAUUAGUGUCUGAAAACUCAGUAAUAUUAAUCAGUUUGAGAGUUGGUGUGGUGAGAAGGGGCAUUACAGUGUGGCUGCCAUCCAGGAGUUCUGGACAUGCCAUGGUGCUUUCCCAAGUGGGUGAGUUUAACAAAAUGUGUUAGAGCUGCUUAAGUCUCCCAUGAAUUCCUUAUCUGCCAUUUAGCCUGCAUCGCCCCAGGGUGUCCAUCAGGUGUUCUUGCCCCCAAAUUAUCAGCUUGAUAAAUGAGUUAAAGGUUCAUAGACAUCUCUUAAUUACCUAAUUAUCCCUCUUUAGAAAGAUAUUGGUAAUAGUGUUUCUGCUUUCAAAGGAGAGUGGCUGGAUGAGUUUUAAAUUACUGUCUGGCUUGCUGAGCAUUCCCAGUCCUUCAUUCAUGGAAGUUUUUUCUGUUGUGUUCCCUGUGAUUUCAGUAUCAGUGUUAGAGUACACUUUGUAAUUGUCAAAGCCAAGAUGUUAAGCAUCUGGAAUAUGUAGCAAGUAUGCUUUGGUAAUUAAUGCUAAAUAACUUUAAGGUUUGUGCAGUUCUGAUUUCUCUUAGUGCUGAGAUGAGUGUCUUUUUUUUUUUCCUGAUGUGUAUUUGUGCUUGUCACUUUCUGGCAUACAACACUCUUGAACUCAGUUUGACAAGGCCACUAUGAUAACCUCCAUAAAUACAUUCAUUCUGUGAAAAUAGGAUUAUUUCCUUGCAGGAAAACUUCAGUAAAAUCUGUGAAUACCAAAUGUUGUCCUUCUAGCUGACAUUUUUCUUUUACUGGGAAUAUUUCUUACCCUUAGACAACUGUGUCUGCCAGAGUUGCACAUAAAGUUCCCAUCAGUUGCUGCAGGACCUGUGGAUGCAGAGCAAUAGGGUAAACUUUUGGCAGAAUAUUAUGGCAGCCUGAUGUGAUUAAGGUGGUUUCAUUUUAAUCCCCUAUUUUCAGGGGGUUUCAGUUUAGCCAAAAUCACUUAGUUAAAGCUGAAACGUGGCACACUUGGUCUCCACUGGGAAGUAUGCUUCUGUUUUAAUAAUGUUUUUAUGAGAUUGUAUUUAUGGAAACUGAAAGAAAAAUGUCAUGAAGCUAGUUUUGUUGCACUUUUCUAAGGCUUUUGUAUUUUGCAUAGAGUUCUAGAAUCUGAACAAGUUGUUUGGGGAAGUCAAAGCUUAAAAAUUACCCUUACCCAGCAUAUCAAUGUAUUACAUGUAUUUUCAUUCUAGUGCUAUACCUAUUAUUUUAAUGGCAUGUAACUGGUGUAUUUAUAAGGUAGUUAGGAAGCCCACUGGACAUUAAAGCUGCAGUCCUGGUUCCACAGUUCAUCAGCUGACCUGUUUUGACAGUAAUGGAAUAGUCAAUUUUUGUUUCUGAAGUCUACUUCAACAAAUGGGGAGAAAGAGGCUCUUUUUUUGUUCCAUUGUUGAAAUUUCUCUGGGGGCUUUUACUGUUUCCCAGUUACUGAAAAUGUUCCAUUAGGAUAAUUGCUUGGGAAUCAGCUCAGUAAAGAGAGCACAAGUACAUGUAACAUACUCAAGUAAUUAAUCCUUGUAACUUACAACAUUUCAGUUUGUUAGAAACUUUUGGGCUUGCUUAUUUUGUAACUUCAAUUUUACUAUUUUUAAGUAGCACUUUUACACAUAUCUGAAGGGGUGGUUUUUUGUUUUUGUUUGAGGUUUUUUUUUUGUUUUUUUUUUUUUUGUAUGUUAUUUAAUGGAAAGAAGAUAUAACACUAGUAAGCAAAGCAUAGACUAGUUAGCCUCCAGAUUUUAAGUUCACUUAAGGUCAGUAAUGAUCAAGAGUUGUUCAAUGUGUCCAAAAUACAUCAGUGAUCCCAUCUAAUAUUGUACAACUCUGCAGAUCAAAGUCUGAAGGGCAUUAACUGGUAUCCUCCAACUCUUGUGGGGGUACUUUCACUUCAGGUGUGAGGCAGGAUUGGCAACAGUGUGAUGAAUUUUGGACUUCAUGAAAGAACAGAAUUUUAUUGCUGUGUCAGUCUGAGUUCACAGCACUGUAUUGGGUAAGGACUAACCUUGUUUGAGAUGACACUGCAGCCAGUACUAAUAUCUCCUCAAUAGCUAAUUUAAAGUUUAUUUUCAUAGCUUUUAAGGAUGUUGUGAAAAACAGUGAUUCUAAAAAGCUCUUCUCGUGCACCCAUCUUUUUUCAUUUGUGUUGGUUUUCUACUGCCUAGAAACACAAGUGUUAGACUGACCUAACAGUACAUGUAUGGGUUUAGUAAUUCUUGCUCUAGACAACAAGCACUUUUCUCCUUUACAGAACACACCAUUGAUACAUAUAGACAUUUUACAUAUAGAGAGAGGUUUUACAUAAAUACACACAUAUAUACACACACACAUAUAUAUGUGCACACACAUACAUGAGCAUGUGUGUAGAUAUAUGCACAUGUGCAGGUUCUUAAUAAUACUGAACAUGUUUCAAGAAGUGCUUGCAUCUUGAAUACUGAGGGUGGUGAAUUAGCAGAUACAUUUAAAAUGUAAAGAGGAAGAAAACAUUUUGUUUCCAUCUGAUUAAAGGUGAGAAAUACAGGUUUGAGGAAAUUUGGAUGUAUGUUCAAGUUGUAUUCCCCCCUGUUUCUGGUUUGAAAGGCACAAGCUGUUAAUUGGAACUUAAAAGGUGAGCAAGCAUAAUUUUAGCUAAACCUUUUAGAGGACCAAUAUGCUUCUAGUUUGCAAGGACCACUAAAGAUCUGGGCAUUUACUUUUUCCAUAAUGUAUUCUGUAUGAGUAUUUAGUAUGUAUGCCUUCAAUUUGCCAAUGUUGCCAUGUUUUCUUGUUAAUUAUUCAUGAAAUAAAAAUUGCAAUCAGCAAAA